GCACGCGCCCUCCCAGCAUUCUGUCGGCGCGCGGGCGGCGGGCGACUCAGUCCGGACGGCUGUGGCCACGGAGCGGACGGAGGUUCCUGGCCGCCGCGGCUGAGGCGGCCGGACGCGGAUCAGGUGGAGGGAGAGGCCGCCGGUGCACACCCGCCCGCCAUGAAGCCCCCCGCAGCCUGUGCAGGAGCCGCCCUGGACACGGCGGCCCCCUGCCCCGUGGUGAACUACCUGAGGUGGGACCUGAGUGCCCAGCAGAUCGGGGAGCUGACGGUGGAGCUCAUGGAGCAGACCAAGCGCGUGUAUGACCGCGUGGGCUCCCAGAAGCUCGAGGACGUGUCCUACGAGAGCACGCUCAAGGCACUGGCUGACGUGGAGGUGUCCUACACAGUGCAGAGGAAUAUUCUCGACUUCCCCCAGCACGUUUCUCCGUCCAAGGCCAUUCGGACAGCCAGCACGGAGGCGGACAAGAAGCUGUCCGAGUUCGACGUGGAGAUGAGCAUGAGGCAGGAUGUGUACCAGAGGGUCGUCUGGCUGCAGGAGAAAGUCCAGAAGGACUCACUGAGGCCCGAGGCAAGGCGGUACCUGGAGCGGCUGAUCAAACUCGGCCGGAGGAAUGGGCUCCACCUGCCCGAAGAGACGCAGGAGAAAAUCAAAGGCAUCAAGAAGAAGCUGAGUCUGCUGUGCAUCGACUUCAACAAGAAUCUGAACGAGGACACCACCUCCCUGCCCUUCACGCGGGAGGAGCUAGGACUCCCUGAGGACUUCCUGAACUCCCUGGAAAAGACUGACAACGAGAAGUUCAAAGUCACCCUCAAGUACCCUCACUAUUUUCCCCUCCUGAAGAAAUGCCACGUGCCCGAGACCAGAAGGAAGGUGGAGGCGGCCUUCAACUGUCGGUGCAAGGAGGAGAACUCUGCCAUCCUCAAGGAGCUAGUGACCCUCCGGGCCCAGAAGUCCAGCCUGCUGGGGUUCAGCACGCACGCCGACUACGUCCUGGAGAUGAGCAUGGCGAAGACCAGCCAGGCGGUGGCCACUUUCCUGGACGAGCUGGCUCAGAAGCUGAAGCCCCUCGGGGAGCAGGAGCGGGCAGUGAUCUUGGAGCUAAAGAAGGCCGAGUGCGAGGCGCGAGGCCUGGACUUUGACGGGCGGAUCAACGCGUGGGACAUGCGCUACUACAUGAACCAAGUGGAGGAGACACGCUACCGCGUGGACCAGAACCUGCUCAAGGAGUACUUCCCAACGCAGGCGGUCACCAGGGGCCUGCUGGGCAUCUACCAGGAGCUGCUGGGGCUGACCUUCGACCUAGAGGAGCACGCCGCCGUGUGGCACGAAGACGUGAAGCUGUACUCAGUGAGGGACGCAGCCUCGGGGACCGUCAUCGGGAAGUUCUACCUGGAUCUCUACCCGCGGGAAGGCAAGUACGGGCACGCGGCCUGCUUCGGCCUGCAGCCAGGCUGCCUGCGGCAGGACGGGAGCCGCCAGAUCGCCAUCGCGGCCAUGGUGGCCAACUUCACCAAGCCCACCCCGGACGCCCCCUCCCUGCUGCAGCACGACGAGGUGGAGACCUACUUCCAUGAGUUUGGGCACGUGAUGCAUCAGCUCUGCUCUCAGGCGGAAUUUGCCAUGUUCAGCGGGACGCACGUGGAGCGCGACUUCGUGGAGGCGCCCUCACAGAUGCUGGAGAACUGGGUGUGGGAGAGGGAGCCGCUGCUGAGGAUGUCGCGGCACCACAGGACCGGCAACGUCAUCCCGGAGGAGCUGCUGGAGAAGCUCAUCAGGUCCCGGCAGGCCAACACAGGUCUCUUCAACCUGCGCCAGAUCGUCCUGGCCAAGGUGGACCAGGCCCUGCACACGCGCAUGGCCGCCGACCCAGCCGAGGAGUACGCCCGCCUCUGCCAGGAGAUCCUGGGGGUCCCAGCCACGCCAGGGACCAACAUGCCUGCGACCUUCGGCCACCUGGCGGGCGGAUACGACGCGCAAUACUACGGCUACCUGUGGAGCGAGGUGUACUCCAUGGACAUGUUCCACACGCGCUUCAAGCGGGAGGGCGUUCUCAACGGCAAGGUCGGCAUGGACUACAGAAGCUGCAUCCUGAGACCCGGGGGCUCCGAGGACGCCAGCGUCAUGCUGAAGCAAUUUCUGGGUCGUGACCCCAAGCAGGAUGCCUUCCUCCUGAGCAAGGGCCUGCACGUGGAGGGCGCCGAGCCACUGGCCUGCUGACGCCCAGGGCUUCUGCGGCCCUGGACGGGGGCUCCGCUCCCGCCGCCCUGGUGCCUUAGCUCCCGGCCUGGAAACGGGCGGGAGAGGCGGCCCCCAGCUCGGCACCCCGGGGAGGGCAGGGCAGCGUGGAGAGGGGCUGUUCUCCCUGUCAAUCCCCAGAGCCAGUGUCCGUGACCCCGCUCGGUGGCCAGCCUGGACUGAAGAGAGCUUGGCCCCGAGAUGUCUGGAGGCCGCUGCUGUCCGGUCAGGGCCUCCUCUCUGUUGCACUGACACAGCCCUUCCUGGGACGUUCGCCCUCGUAAGGGACGGGUUUAUCUGUGAAAUGCAGCCAUUAAUAAAAGGAAAAGAGAGAUUAUCA